AAUUGAACGACCUUGUCUUCCUGAUCCGAUUUUCCGAGAAACAAGAACAACAAAAAAACGAAAAAACCCUUCGCUUCCUUUCUUUUCCAUUCAUUAUCUUCCCCACAGAUUUCACAACCCAUUUGAUAUUUUCCUCUUUGCACCACAUUCAUCAGGAAUUCUGAAAUUUCAAAUUCCUCUGUUUUAAAAAAAUGAGCUGCCACUCUCUUCUUGUUCAUGUCCAUUUGUAAGGUUUUUUUCCCCCUUUGUCCCUGUCCUUGAGAUUAAUUUCAAUACCCACUAAUCGAAUUCCUUUGAAAAUCAAUUCACAUUCAUAAAUUAGUCGCAAUUUGUCUGCAAAUUCAUUCAAUCUCAAUCGCAUUUUGAGGUUCUCUGUUUUUUUUUUCCUCUGCAAAAUUAUCCGAAACAGAGGAACCACAUUUAAGAACAGAGAAAUAAAUGGCCCAACAAUCCCCGGUUAAACCGGUGCUCCAGAAACCGCCGGGUUACGGGACCCCAAACUACCCGGCCCAACCCGUACCAGGUCCGCCGCCGCCGCGAAAACCCGUCUACCCGCCUACUCUCCGCCAAAAGCAGAAAAAACGAGGGGGCAGCUGCUGCAAAAUAUGCUGCUGCGUCUUCUGCGCCUUCCUCCUCAUCGUCGUCAUCCUCGUCGCCCUCGCCGGCGGGAUCUUCUACCUCCUCUUCGACCCGCGCCUCCCGGCCUUCUACUUGAUAUCGUUCCAGAUCCCCAAAUUUGACGCCGUUUCGAAGUCUGACGGGACCCACCUCGACGUCCAGGCGGUGACGAGCGUGGAAGUGAAGAACCCAAAUCCCAAAUUGGACAUUUACUACAGCGAGGGGUUCGAGAUGUCGCUGAGCAUCGGGGACGAGAACGACGGCGGACUGGGGAUAGGGACGAAGGAGGUGAAGGGGUUUACACAGCGGCACCGGAACACGACGUACGUGAAGGUGGAGAGCGGGGUGAGGAACAAGGUAGUGGAGCAGCCGGUGGGGAAGAAGCUGCUGGGGCAGUUCAAGAGCAAGGAGAUAAAGGUGGCGCUGGAGGGGAAGACGAGGGUUGGGUAUGUGAUCCAAGGGUGGAGGGUGGGGACGAUGCAGAUCAAUGUGUUGUGUGGUGGUGUGAGGUUGAAGAAUGUGGAUGCUGGAGACAUGCCCAAGUGCACCAUCAAUGCCUUCAAAUGGAUCAACAUUCGUUGAUACGUGUCAAGGCUGAUGGUAGAAGAGAGAGUUGGUCAGCUGGAGGAUGCUACAAUUUUUCAAGCCCACACAUUUGUUACCCAAAGAGUAAAGAAUGGAUUAUCUCCCUAAUCUAUCUUUAAUAUUUAUAAUGAGCCUUUACAAAAAAAAAAAAAAAUUGGAGGGAGCAAAUAUCAUCUUAAAAACAGGCUAACAUUUGUCCCUGUUUAAGCUUUGGAUCAUUCUGAUACAAUUGGAAUAUCAGUUAAGAAGGGGCCUGGGAAUUGAGUUUUAUUUAUUUAUUUGUUUAAUUUAAUUAUUUAUCAGUUUCAUUCUUCUUCUUCUUCUUUUUUUUUCCUUCAUAUUAUAAAGCUUCUUUCUUAUGGUUGUUGAUGGAUUGGAAUUUGGAGUCUUUGGGUUCUUGCCAUCUGCAUUUCUCGUAGAAAAAAAAAAUGAUAAAUAAAAAAGUAAACAUAUAAGGUGUAACAUCUCUUUUCGUUCCUUUUGUAAAAUAAGGUGUAGCAUCUUUUUAUUGAUGUGGUAAAAUUGGGAGACAAACUUAUGGAUGGUGCAAAGAGUGCCUACGUCGUAAGGGAAAUGAAGCAAAGACCAUAAGACAGUGAUGGUAUAUCUGUUUCUCUUUAAUGUAAUAUGAUAUCUGCCCUUUGGAGAUACUAUUUAUUAAUGUGUACAUAUUUUCUUACUGUAAUCGAUUCUUAGAAACACAAUCACAUUUUUGAUGGUCAGUUUUCAUAUUCUAAAUAUAUGUUAUCUUUUAA